AUGUCAGACAAACUCAAGGAACGCAAAAGAACCCCAGUUUCCCACAAAGUGAUAGAGAAGAGGAGGAGAGACCGGAUCAACCGCUGCUUAAACGAGCUGGGCAAAACCGUGCCUAUGGCCUUGGCGAAGCAGAGUUCCGGGAAGUUGGAGAAGGCAGAGAUCCUCGAGAUGACCGUUCAGUACCUGAGAGCCCUGCACUCCUCUGAUUUUCCCCGUGGAAGGGAAAAAGCAGAACUGUUAGCGGAGUUUGCCAACUACUUCCAUUACGGCUACCACGAAUGUAUGAAGAACCUGGUGCAUUACCUCACCACGGUGGAGCGAAUGGAGACCAAGGACACCAAGUAUGCGCGCAUCCUCACCUUCUUGCAGUCCAAGGCCCGCCUGGGUGGCGAGCCUACCUUCCCACCGCUGGGGUCGCUCCCGGAGCCGGAUUUCUCUUAUCAGCUGCACCCGGCGGGGCCCGAGUUCACCGGCCACAACCCCGGCGAGGCCGCGGUGUUCCCGCAGGGCGCGGCCCCCGGGCCCUUCCCCUGGCCGCACGCCGCCGCCCGCAGCCCGGCGCUGCCCUACCUACCUAGCGCGCCAGUGCCGCUGCCGAGCCCGGGGCAACCGCACAGUCCCUUCCUGGCACCGGUGCAGGGCCUGGACCGCCAUUACCUCAACCUGAUCGGCCACACUCACCCCAACGCCCUCAACCUGCACACGCCCCAGCACCCGGUGCUCUGA